AACAUCGGCGCGGGGACAUGACGAAAAACGAACCGGUGUAACGGAGAAGAACCAACAAAUACUGUAUCUUUCUACCGUACCAGGUGCCGUAUCGUAUCGACCAGCUGUCAUAACAAAACCAGCGACAACGAUGCAAACGCAAAUCAGCAAAGAGACCGAUAACCUCAUAGACACCCAGGAUGGCUGGUACGGACGAAACGAUCCGAGGCCCUUGACACGCGGUAAACGAAUAUUUAUUCGCACCAUCCUGAUCGUUCUUUCCCCGAUCGUCUUGGCUCUGUUCCUCCUGUACGUUGCAUUCACUGCUGCCUUGUUGUGUGUUGUGACUGUAAACGACUAUCAAAUCAAAUCGAGCAAGGUGCUGUCCUAUGAAAACUGGUGGAGGGCUCCCGGUAAGAUGCUCCGGGUAAAAGAAACAGGGGAUAGCUCCAGCGACAUUGUCAUUUCCGCGGACAUGGUGAACGACGACGGAGAGCUCGACACCGGCAAGAACACCAGCCUCCGAAAAUCGAUCGAGUGCACCCUCGGGGAGCACCUUCGGAAGGGGCCCCACGGUCCAGGGAUCGCGGCCGACGAAGACCGAGACCGGCCCCACUACCUCCUGCACGGCUGGCCGGAACCCUUCGACCCCGCCGGCGACGAGCUCUGGUGCACCCACGCCCGUACGGCGACGUGGGCGGCGAUCUACAGCUGGUCGGUCCGGCUGCGGCCCGGGGGGUUCCUGAAGAACUGGAACCAGGCCAUCGAUCUGGAGACGGCCCCCGAGGUCUUUGGUUACGUGUAUCUGUUCGAGAUCGGGAAUCCGGACUUUUACGACAAGGACCGGAUCGCACGCGUCGGUGCCCUCGCGGCGAAUGCCCCCGACCACACCCCCGAGACCGAGAACAAGGUCUUUGCGCGGUACAACUACGGCCACGUCAAGUACAUGGGCGACUUUCCCGAGGGAGACCCGGAUGCCUAUGUCUUCAAGGGCGAAAAGGUGAUGUCGGAGGCACGGCUUCGGCUGUUGCACACGUACCGCGUGAUCAACCCGAACUACGCCUAGAGGAAUGGCUUGGGAUUCUGUGUGCUUCUCGGUAUUUUUGGUUGAUUGUGUGAAACAAACACGGUUUGGUUUCUCUUGGACUGCGAAAUGGAGCAGAGAAAUGAGACUAUGGGUAAUAAGCGCAGAAUCGAUUUCGAGGUAUAUUUUAAUGGGUAUUGUUAAGCUUGAGC